AUGCGACUUUCUCUUUCCGUUGUGGCCUCCUUGGCCAUGUCUGUUAUGGCCCAGACUUACACCGAUUGCAACCCUCUGCACGAGACCUGUCCCGCCGAUAAGGCUCUUGGAACCUCCAAGUCCUUCGAUUUCACCCAGGGUCCCUCCGACGACUUCCCUCCUUCCUUCAAGCCCCACCGAAUCACCUACUCCAACGACACUGGUGUUUCUCUGGCUGUUGUUGAGCAGGGCGACAACCCCACCAUUCAGUCCGACUUUUACAUCAUGUUUGGCCGAGUUGAGGCCGUGGUCCAGGCCGCCCCUGGUCAGGGAAUCAUCUCGUCUGUGGUUCUCCAGUCCGACGAUCUCGAUGAGAUUGAUCUGGAAUGGAUUGGAGGAGAUGCUAACAACGUACAGACUAACUUCUACAUCCAGGGUAACACCACCACUUACGACCGAGGUGCCAUCCACCCCGUCGCUAACUCCAACUCCGAGUUCCACACCUACACUGUUGAGUGGACCAAGGAUGACCUUACCUGGUUCAUUGACGGAGAGGCCGUCCGAACCGUGCCUUCCACCUUUUCUCAGGGAUACCCCCAGUCUCCUAUGAACAUCCGAAUUGGCGUGUGGGCCGGAGGAGACCCCACCAACAACGCUGGCGUCAUUGAGUGGGCCGGCGGAGAGACCGAUUACACCAAGAGCCCCUACCCCAUGUACGUCAAGUCUGUGAACGUCCAGGACUACUCCACUGGAUCCGAGUACUCCUACUCUGACCACUCUGGAACCUGGGAGUCCAUUGUCGCCAAGGACGGUGAAGUUAACGCUAACGCUCCUGUUGAGGAGGUGCCUGAGGAGACUACUUCUGCCGUGGAGUCUUCCAUUCCUGUUGAGACCUCCGCUGCUGUCGAGUCUUCUGCUGUCGAGUCUUCUGCUGUCGAGUCUUCUGCUGUCGAGUCUUCUGCUCCCAUCACUUCUGCUCCUGCUCCCGUCUCCUCUGCUCCCGCCUUCACCAACUCCACCAUCUCCACCGGUGUUUCUUCCGGCGCUGUUGUCACCGUUGAGGCCACCGAGCACGUCGAGUCCACCUUGACCAAGACCGUCACCCACUGCGAGGACAACAAGUGCGUCUCUAAGCCUCAGCCUACUGUGACAGUCACCAAGCACUGCACCCUGGACAAGUGUGUUUCUAAGACCAUCCCCGUCGAGUACGUUACCGUCACCGCCACUACCACCAAGGUGGUGACCGAGAUCUGCCCCGAGGCCAAGUGCCACAAGAUCUCAUCUGUCCCCGUUAGACCUGCUCCUACUGAGGCUCCUCUCAAGCCCACCAACCUCAAGACCACUCAGACUGUUACCAAGACUGGAACUGUUGUUGUUAAGACCGAUACCCCCAAGUCUGAGCCUGCCUCUGAGGUUUCCAAGCCCACUACCGAGUCCAAGCCCACUGCCGAGUCCAAGCCCACUGCUGAGUCCAAGCCCGUUGCUAAGCCCACUGGCUCUUCUCCCGUCGAGGUUCCCGCUGAGGGUAAGUCUACCCAGACUAUCCACCUGACCCAGAUUGUCACCAUUGGAACCCAGACCGUCCAGACUGUUAUCCCCCAGUCUGACAUCCCCACCGCUGCUCCCCAGACUUCUCCCGUCGUCCAGGUCAACAACGGUACCGUCCCUCAGGUCCCCCAGGCUCCCAACACCUUCCCUGCCCAGGCUAACGGAGCUGCCUCCAAGGCCGUCUCCGUGGUCGCCGCUAUGGUCGCCAUGGUUGCCCUGCUCAUUUAA